UAUCUAAUCUGCUAAUCUCCGGAAAGUAUCGUGCUGUUCUGUUUCCAGAUACCUCAGCAUUUCCCUGAUCCCCCCCGACAAACCCAUACUGAAAGUCACAUGGUCUGAAAGGUGGCUUUGAGUAAUGGAUGAAAAAGCAAGAAAGACUGAGGAAAAAUGUUAAUAUAUCUGACACUGUCAAUGUAUUAAUAGUAAAACAAAAUAAUUACAAAUAUAUCAAUUAUUAGUGCUUUUCUUUAUUUCAGUAAUAUUCUGGUAUAUGUGUUUAUGUAUAUAUGUAUGUAUAUAUAUAUAUAUUCAAUUGUUUGUAGUGUGCCUCUCAGGUGGGAUUACAACAGGGGUAUCACUGGUAAACAACUCAGAUGAUGUCAGAGGCUUAGUGAUGAAGAGGUUUAUCACGUACGAUGGUGUCUGCGUGUUUAUCCUCCACUCCAAACGCUCGUCGAGGCUUCAGGGUAAGCCGUGAACAUCAGAGUGAGCGGCUGACAAAGGCUAUUUGUUGGUGCUUCUUUGGUGAAAAUGAACACUCUGGAGGAUGUCCCGUUUCAGACCCUGCUGGGUCCGCUGGAGGAGGAAGUGCGGCCCGUGACAGCUCCAGCCAUCACUGUAGCAGACUACCAUGAGAUACUACGAGACACUGAGUAUGGAUUCAACCUGGAGAAAGUGAUUUUAUCAGGGCAGCAGCCAGUCCGUCAGACCCCAUCCUGCCCCCCCUACUGGCUGAUGUUCAGCAGCCCUCAGGAGAGUCGCAGGGCCAGCCGCAGGAGCAGCGACAUGUGGGCCCCGAGCCCGCGGCCCCGUAGUCACAGCCUGAACUCUGCGGACACUCGUUGGCUGCACCAUCGCACUGUCAAGUUCCUCUUAUCUGACUCGGAAGAUGAAGACGGUUACAACGAGGACAACGAAGAGGAAGAUGCACCUCGUCCCAUCAAGAGCAGAGAGCAGCCCCGGAGCACCGCACCCAAAAACCCAAUCUCCAGAGUCAAAGACAUGCACCUUGGUUCUUCCACGCACCAAUAUAAGCCUGGCUCCCCUCGGACCCUCAGACGGUCUUUACCUUCUCUCCCAGACUGCAGACCACCUCUGCGAGCACUGGAGCAGCACCGGCCACAGCAGGCCAGCCCCCUCCUCUUAGGAAAAAAGAGCGGCAAAAAGAGGCAGCGUUCACUGGGCUUCAUGAGCAGAAAGUUAUCCCAAAACACACCACCUGCUGGUCUCUCUCCUUGCAGGGUCCAGAAACAGCGACCCUCCUCUGCAGGGCCCGUGGUCAAAAACAGCAGACAUAAGGCUAUGAGGACAGGUGGCGCUUGUGGGGUUUUCUUUGAUUCAGCAGCAGAGUUGUUGUCGGCACUCAGCCAGGAAGAGAGGGAACUACUUGAAACCGUGACAGAGAGGGGAUACCCUUUACGCACAGCCAUUCUAGCCCUGCAGAAGACCGGCUACCGCAGCCCAGAGAAGAUCUUAAAAUACCUGAUGGCCAGCGACCGUCUGUGUGAGCUCGGUUAUGAUGAAGCACAGGUGGAGGAAGCCCUGGAGAUGUUUCAGAACUGUGAGAGCAAGGCUGCUGAGUUCCUGCGCCUUCUGACUCAGUUUAAUGAGAUGGGCUUCCAGCAAAGUGCAAUCAAAGAAGUGCUGCUUGUUCACGAAAAUCACCGUGAGAGGGCUCUUGAAGAACUCAUGACACGCAUGGCUUAAAAUAUUUCGCCCAUUUCUAGUCUGCGUGGAGAUUAUUCUCAUGUCAGUAUGUGAAAUGGACUGAAGACACAGUAACUUAACCAGGGUUUCUGCCAGUUUCAACAGGUUAAAUUUAGGAUAUUUUUUUAAGACCAUUACGACUGAUUUCACAUCCCUAUUAGCAAAAAGUAUGGAGGACAUAAAAGAAAAUCAGCAUGGACUUGGUGGUGGCUUUUGCAGCAGGUAGAUGCUUUUCUGACUUUCCCCUACAUGCUCUGUUCGGUGACCUUACAUUUACCCACGUUAGAUGAAAGUAUCAUUAAAGCUGAGUUUGUAUUUUUCUUAGAGUUUCUAAUUAAUUUUGCAUUUGUAGAAAAUCUCUUCACAUCCCAACACCAUUUAGUAAAUCUGACAAUGAAAUGCUGACAAAGCCCUGUGGCUGCUGCAGGCCUGUAAACAAGCCCAUCCAAUUACUUCAUUUGGCCCAAGUAGAAUGAUUGGACGACAUUUGUGGUGAAGCAGGUUGUUAUAAUGGAGCGCUAAUGAGUUAAAGUAAUAUUAACUGAAUAAUCCAACAAUUUUUAGAACCUGUCAAAAUGUAAUUACAGCAUUUUAAGACCUCAAGUUCAAAUUAUUGGACAUCAGAGUUUUUAAGGACCUGCUGAAACCAUAUUAACAGAUACUGCUGUCUGACUUUGACUCAGCAACCGAAACCUGUGCAACUCAAAUCACAGGAGCUAGAAUAAAAACAUUCAGGUGUUACUAAAAAGGACACAAGAUAAUAAAUAGGUACACUUAGCUAGGGUGAACGUUUUUUUUUUUUUAAACGUUUAUUUACAGCUCGAUUUCGUAAAAAGCACUCAAAAUAUUCUGAUUCUGGAGAUCAAAUUUAGCUGUCAUUCCAGCUGGGGGGAAAAAAAUUAUGGUGCACUAGUUAACUGGUACAA